GACGCUUUGCAACACUUUAGAUGUUCUCCGCUCAUGGUAUAAAAGAAGGUCUAUUGCCCGUUUAUUUCUAGGUCCUUUAUCUUUCUUUUUCUUUCCUUUAACAUGAAGUUCUUGACUGCUUUGGCUGCUUUUGUUGCUGGUGCUGCUACUCUUGUCAGUGCUCAAGAUGCUGGUAUCUAUUUCACUCAACCCAUUCUUGGUACUGUUUGGAAUGCUGGUACUUCCCAAAACAUUACUUGGACUCCUGCCAAUGCCACUUCUGCUACUAUUGACAUUAUUGAAUUGAGAAGUGGUGAUGCUUCUAACCUCGCCUUUGUCCAAAACAUCUCUACCACUGCUGUUGACUUGAACUCUGGUAGCUUUGUCUGGACCAUUCCUGCUACUUUGACCACAAACACUGCUUAUGCUAUCGCUGCUAAGAAUGCUGCUGGCUACUCAUACUCUGGUUACUUUACCAUCUUGGGUCUUGCUCCUGGUGUUGAUCCCUCUACUGCUGCUGCUGCUGGUGCCGCCACCACCACUGCUGCUGCUGCUGCUGAUGCUGCCAGUGCCACUUCCGUUACCCUUGCUUAAGUCAAUUCUCCUUGCUCUCCUUAUUAUUUAUAUAUUUAAUGUAUUAAACUUCAUUGACAACGUGAAAUCGUCAUUGAUAAUUUCUCCUUUUUUCUUUAAACAAGUUUUGGUAAAGAACAAC